AUGGUGUUGAAGGCAGCUGAUGAAAAUGUGCUUCCGAAAAAUCCAUUCAUUGUAGGGAGAUCUAUCGAAAAAUAUGGGAAAAUUGAAGGUGCCUUCUAUGAGAAGGGUCAGGGAUGGUACGUGCUCAAGAUCCGCAACAAAGAUCAAAGUAGAGAGCUGAUGAAAUUAACUGAAUUAACUGAUGGUACACCUAUCAAAAUUGAGCUGCACCCUAGGUUGAAUAAGCGCAAAUUCGUCGUUACCUGUCCGGAGGUCGAAGGUAUGGAAGAAAAGGAAUUACUGACCGAAUUAUCGCCUCAAAAAAUAAUUGACGUGAGAAGAAUUACGAAGAAAACAUCAAGUGGAAUAGAAGACACUAAUACUUUGAUAUUAACUAUUAGUAGUACGAUCAUUCCCGAAUAUAUUAACUUUGGACCUCUCCGCGUUCGAACCCGGCUUUACUAUCCUCUGCCUUUGCUAUGUAGAACAUGUCUGAAAUAUGGUCAUCCGAAGAGCACAUGCACAGCCUCCUUGGCGUGUAACCGCUGUAGCUCCCCCAACCACGAUAGCCAAAAGUGUAAAAAAAAUCCAUUUUGCGGUAACUGCAACGAAGAAGGUCACUCUCCAACAAGUCGAACAUGCCCUAUCUGGACUGCCGAAACUGCAGCGCUCAAGCUCAGCACUGACAAAAACAUAUCACCAGCAGAAGCUCGAAAAAUAUUGCAGCAAACCAAUAACAACAACACUUACGCGAAUAUUCUAAAAUCUAUUCAACCUCGGCAAGAAACGAAGAAACCCGAAAAACUUAUCCCAAAUCCAACUCCAGAACGAACUCCAACGAACCAAAAAGAACAACAACAACAACAACAGCAGCAGCCACCGCACCAGAAAAGAUCAACACCAGCUGUACGAACAAACACCGCAUCUCCUCCUCAGAAACGUCUCAUCACUAAAACAUCGUCAGGAGAAUCAUCAGAUAUGGCAAUCGAUAAAGAUGAACCUCGCGUCAACGCAAACGAUAAUCUCAAAACCCUUUCAAGGGCAGUGAUCUCCUCAAAUUCCUCCAAACCUCCCCAACUCCCGUCCCCUCCUUCCAACCCCUUUCAACCACCCCUUAGUAUUAAAAAAUAUGAUCCCCGGCUCAGAAAAACUUGUAACAAGUAA